AUGUGGACUUUUCUACGACGUCUCAAUCGCGACCUUUAUCAAUCUGGUCUUAUUCGACCACUAGAGAAAUUUUGUUUUGAUGGGAAAUUGCAGGAAUACACGGAGGAACACGCUUCGCUUUCACCGAGAAAUUCGAUAUCUCUUCCUAACGUCACUUAUGUCGAUAUCUCUUCAAGAGCUGAGGAUAUCCAAGCUGGAUUGAUCGACACGUUCCUAAACCUUGAGAAAAUCGACAAAAAUUUGUUUCUCGCUCGCCAUCUACUGAAAGGUAGGAAUUCUCUUCCAGUUGUGUAUGGCGGGCAAGUUAUUGGCCAGGCUCUUUCUGCCGCAACAGCUACUGUUGGGAGUGGAUUCCUACCAAACAGUCUUCAUAGUUACUUUGUCCAAGGUGGCAAUGUAAGUAUGCCAAUCCUGUAUAUGGUUGACCGAAUUCGUGACGGAAAAAGCUUCUGUACACGGCUCGUGAAAGCUGUGCAAAGCGGGGAUGCGAUUUUUACCGUGCAGAUUUCUUUCCAUAAGGUGAGAUCUCCUGAACCCGAUUCUAUAAAGCAUCAGGUAGAGAUGCCAAAAGUCCAUGGACCUGAUGGAUUACUGGAUUGGAACCAGCUCAUGGAAAAAGCUUCAAAGGUUUGAUC